AUGAGGCGACGACCAAACCGGCCCCCUAACAACAACGAUACAAGCACCCCACCAGACGAGGACAACAAGGACUCUUCCCCGGAAGUUGACACAUAUUAUCCCAGUUGUUUCGAUGUUUUGAAGGUUCGGUAUCUGCUACAGCAUAUUUGGCAAUGGACGAGGAACUCGCAAGAGUUGCUGCCAGCUGAAAUUGUAGAUAUGAUUGUGGACGCAGCCGAGUAUUGGGCUUCUUCUGAGUCCGUCCUGGAAGGAGAGACUGUUAUCAGGAAAGAUCAGGAUCAGACUAUUCUAACGACGGUACCUCUGUGCUAUGAUGUGCAGACCUUGAAUACUCCGUCUCCAAAGCCUUUGCCCCAUCGGACCACUCAUCCAUGCCGCCAGAUCAUCUUUACUAUUGAAUCUCACGAUCAGGGAUGGGGUGGCGGCCUAGGAUCUCGCGGUCAAUACGGGGGCUCUUAUUCGUGGUUUGAUACCGAAGUCAUUCACUCAGCACAUCAGAAGCGAGAUGCAAAUAAUCAGCCUCCACCACAGGGUCCAUUCCAUUUUGGGCCCGACCAUCCUAACUUGCUGCCAACGGCUCAUAAGCUACAGUCGAAUAAGACGGCCGUGCCAGGUUCGCAAAAGCAUACUAUUGUUUGGCACUACCAGGAUGAUAUCGCUCCGGACUCGACUGAAGCGGAGGAAAUAGAACGAACUCAGGGACGAGGACGAGCCACGCUGGAUGGAAGCCAAGUCCGCAGUCUGGAGAUUGGAGAUGCGAUUGCUGUCUGGGGUCGGGCACGGUUUGGAGGGUGGUCGAACCAUGUGCAGCGAGUGUCAGUGCGGGUGUUUUGGGCGGUCUAA